AUGCGGGUGGGGGCAGACGCGGGCAGGAGGCAGGCGCGAGGUGGACGCGGGGCGGACGCGGGGCAGUCACAAUCUCGGGGCAGCGGAGCCCAGCGGCUCAGGGGCUUCCGCGUGUGGACCUUGCAGGUGGAUUUCCGGGGCCGUUCUGAGAAGCUGAUCAGACUCCGGAACCCGUGGGGCGAAGUGGAGUGGACGGGGGCCUGGAGUGACGAUGCCCCAGAGUGGAAUGACAUAGAUUCCAGGCAGAAGGCGGAGCUGGACAAGAAAGCGGAGGACGGCGAGUUCUGGAUGUCAUUUUUGGAUUUCUUGGGGCAGUUCUCUCGGCUGGAGAUCUGCAACUUGUUCCUGGACUCCCUGAGCAGCGAGGAGCUGCACAAAUGGGACCUGGUCCUGUUCAACGGCCGCUGGACUCAGGGCUCCACCGCUGGGGGCUGCUCCAACUUCCCAGCCACUUACUGGACCAAUCCCCAGUUCAAAAUCCAUCUGGAGGAGAGGGAUGACAGUCAGGAGGGGGGCGUCGGUGAACCCUGCUGCACGGUGCUGCUGGGUCUGAUGCAGAAGAAUCGUUGGCGCAGAAAGAGAAUAGGACAGGGCAUGCUCAGCAUCGGCUACGCGGCCUACAAGGUCCCCAGAGAGCUUCAGGGCCACACAGACACGCCCCUGGGCCGGAACUUCUUCCUGGGCUGCCAGCCCUGGGUGCGCUCCAGCACCCACGCCAACCUGCGGGAGGUGUCCGGCCGGCUGCAGGUGACGGCGGGGGAGUACCUGAUCGUGCCAUCCACCUUCGAGCCCUUCCAGGAUGGAGAAUUCUGCCUGAGGCUCUUCUCACGGAAGGCCAAGGCCCUGGACAUGGGGGCUGUGGUGGCUGGAAACCCACAUGAGCCGCACCCCGGCGAUGUGGACCAAGAGGACGGCCAGUUCGGGAGCCUGCUGGGGAAGCUUGCGGGGAAGGAUUCUGAGAUCGAUGUCCAUGAACUCAGGACACUUCUGAAUGAGGCCUUUUCCAAAGAAGCAGACGUAAAAUUCCUUGGAUUCGACCCCAACACUCGCAGGGAGAUGAUCAGCUUGAUGGACAGCAGAGGCAUGGGCACCUUGGGGCCGGCGGAACUCGGGACGCUCGGGCUGAAGAUUCGGAAGUACCUGGACAUCUACCGGGAAACUGAUCACAACCACUCAGGGACCAUCGACGCCCAAGAGAUGAGGAUGGCCCUCGGGAAGGCAGGUUUCACGCUCAGCACCCAGGUACAGCAGAUCCUAGCCCUGCGGUACGCGGACGGCAGACUCCGCAUCAACUUCGAUGGCUUUGUGGCCUGUGUGACCCGCCUGGAGACCCUCUUCAAACUGUUCAGGCUGCUGGACAAGGACCAGAGCGGCAUGGUCCAGCUCUCCCUGGCUGAGUGGUUGUGUUGUGUGUUGGUCUGA